AUGGCUCCCAUACGCCCACACCAGAAGACAAGAAGUGGCUGCAAAACAUGCAAGCAACGCAAAGUCAAGUGCGACGAAACUCUUCCUAUAUGCAAUAACUGCACCCGGAGAGGUGUAGAAUGUGUAUGGGGUAGUACUUCCCCGAAGCAAGAAUUGGCAACGCAGGAACAGAGCGUGGUUGUCGCCCAGUCAAGUUCAGCCGAAGGUUCCCUCGCGAUAUGGACUCUCGGCGAAGGUUCAUCCGACCUUUUAACGCUCGAAUUGAUGCAUCAUUAUUCUACCGCCGCUUCUUACUCCCUCUCUGCUGAUCCCGACGCUACGACCGUAUGGAGAGGCAUCAUCCCUCAAAUGGCCUUUGAACCCCAGAAUCAGUGUCUCCUCCAAGCCAUUCUCGCGUUUUCCGCCCUUCAUAUCCACUACGAAGACUCGACAUCUCAUCGGCAUGCCCAAGUCGCGACCGACUAUUACAACCAGGCGAAAUUUGGGAUACGCGUGGCAGACACUGACGGGACAGCGGACGUAAACGCCGUCUUGGUCGCACUGUGUCUUGUCGCGCGGUAUGAAUUUGCUUCGUCGGCCGCAGUAUUCCCAAUCCCCGGAGAGUGGUAUAACACUAUCCGAGAAAUCCGUCGUAAUUUGUUAAAGGACCGGACAGAGCUCCAGGAUAAUGUUAUGCAUUCCUUAUUGGCAGCUAUUGCGCCUCCUCAUCUGCCUACGUCUCUGACCGACCAGUUUCCGUCGGCUUUGUCGACUCUCUUGAUCUCAGCGCCGGAUGCGGAAGAGUUGCACGACGCGUCGGUGCGCAAUGCUUAUCAGGAAUCGAUUUAUUUCCUCGAGCAGGCGUGGAGAGCCCCUCUCAAUAGAUGCGUGGGUUUAUGGUGGUAUAUGAUGUCUAAUACGUUCCUUCAACUGUUAAAAGAGGCCAGGCCGCGUGCGCUCAUCAUAUUGGCGCACUACUGUGCUAUGAUGAAGCACAUCACUCGGGAUGGACCGUGGUGGUUGAAGAAGAAAUGGGGUGAUGAGGCUAGGAGGAUUGUUUCGAUGCUGGAUGCGCGGUGGGCGCCUUGUUUAGGGUGGGUGUUAGCUCAGUUGGAUCCCGAGCGUGAUAGUCAGGUUUUUGAUUUUACGGGGAUGGAUACCCUGAGUUGGGGUGAUGCAGGAGACGGUCGUCAUUUCUAG